AUGGAACAAUUUUCAUAUGGUUUUUCCAUAUGUCUUAAUUCACCAUCAUCAUCAUCAUCAUCAUCAUCAUCAUCAUCAUCAUCAUCAUCAUCAUCAUCAUCAUCAUCAUCAUCAUCAUCAUCAUCAUCAUCAUCAUCAUCAUCAUCAUCAUCAUCAUCAUCAUCAUCAUCAUCAUCAUCAUCAUCAUCAUCAUCAUCAUCAUCAUCAUCAUCAUCAUCAUCAUCAUCAUCAUCAUCAUCAUCAUCAUCAUCAUCAUCAUCAUCAUCAUCAUCAUCAUCAUCAUCAUCAUCAUCAUCAUCAUCAUCAUCAUCAUCAUCAUCAUCAUCAUCAUCAUCAUCAUCAUCAUCAUCAUCAUCAUCAUCAUCAUCAUCAUCAUCAUCAUCAUCAUCAUCAUCAUCAUCAUCAUCAUCAUCAUCAUCAUCAUCAUCAUCAUCAUCAUCAUCAUCAUCAUCAUCAUCAUCAUCAUCAUCAUCAUCAUCAUCAUCAUCAUCAUCAUCAUCAUCAUCAUCAUCAUCAUCAUCAUCAUCAUCAUCAUCAUCAUCAUCAUCAUCAUCAUCAUCAUCAUCAUCAUCAUCAUCAUCAUCAUCAUCAUCAUCAUCAUCAUCAUCAUCAUCAUCAUCAUCAUCAUCAUCAUCAUCAUCAUCAUCAUCAUCAUCAUCAUCAUCAUCAUCAUCAUCAUCAUCAUCAUCAUCAUCAUCAUCAUCAUCAUCAUCAUCAUCAUCAUCAUCAUCAUCAUCAUCAUCAUCAUCAUCAUCAUCAUCAUCAUCAUCAUCAUCAUCAUCAUCAUCAUCAUCAUCAUCAUCAUCAUCAUCAUCAUCAUCAUCAUCAUCAUCAUCAUCAUCAUCAUCAUCAUCAUCAUCAUCAUCAUCAUCAUCAUCAUCAUCAUCAUCAUCAUCAUCAUCAUCAUCAUCAUCAUCAUCAUCAUCAUCAUCAUCAUCAUCAUCAUCAUCAUCAUCAUCAUCAUCAUCAUCAUCAUCAUCAUCAUCAUCAUCAUCAUCAUCAUCAUCAUCAUCAUCAUCAUCAUCAUCAUCAUCAUCAUCAUCAUCAUCAUCAUCAUCAUCAUCAUCAUCAUCAUCAUCAUCAUCAUCAUCAUCAUCAUCAUCAUCAUCAUCAUCAUCAUCAUCAUCAUCAUCAUCAUCAUCAUCAUCAUCAUCAUCAUCAUCAUCAUCAUCAUCAUCAUCAUCAUCAUCAUCAUCAUCAUCAUCAUCAUCAUCAUCAUCAUCAUCAUCAUCAUCAUCAUCAUCAUCAUCAUCAUCAUCAUCAUCAUCAUCAUCAUCAUCAUCAUCAUCAUCAUCAUCAUCAUCAUCAUCAUCAUCAUCAUCAUCAUCAUCAUCAUCAUCAUCAUCAUCAUCAUCAUCAUCAUCAUCAUCAUCAUCAUCAUCAUCAUCAUCAUCAUCAUCAUCAUCAUCAUCAUCAUCAUCAUCAUCAUCAUCAUCAUCAUCAUCAUCAUCAUCAUCAUCAUCAUCAUCAUCAUCAUCAUCAUCAUCAUCAUCAUCAUCAUCAUCAUCAUCAUCAUCAUCAUCAUCAUCAUCAUCAUCAUCAUCAUCAUCAUCAUCAUCAUCAUCAUCAUCAUCAUCAUCAUCAUCAUCAUCAUCAUCAUCAUCAUCAUCAUCAUCAUCAUCAUCAUCAUCAUCAUCAUCAUCAUCAUCAUCAUCAUCAUCAUCAUCAUCAUCAUCAUCAUCAUCAUCAUCAUCAUCAUCAUCAUCAUCAUCAUCAUCAUCAUCAUCAUCAUCAUCAUCAUCAUCAUCAUCAUCAUCAUCAUCAUCAUCAUCAUCAUCAUCAUCAUCAUCAUCAUCAUCAUCAUCAUCAUCAUCAUCAUCAUCAUCAUCAUCAUCAUCAUCAUCAUCAUCAUCAUCAUCAUCAUCAUCAUCAUCAUCAUCAUCAUCAUCAUCAUCAUCAUCAUCAUCAUCAUCAUCAUCAUCAUCAUCAUCAUCAUCAUCAUCAUCAUCAUCAUCAUCAUCAUCAUCAUCAUCAUCAUCAUCAUCAUCAUCAUCAUCAUCAUCAUCAUCAUCAUCAUCAUCAUCAUCAUCAUCAUCAUCAUCAUCAUCAUCAUCAUCAUCAUCAUCAUCAUCAUCAUCAUCAUCAUCAUCAUCAUCAUCAUCAUCAUCAUCAUCAUCAUCAUCAUCAUCAUCAUCAUCAUCAUCAUCAUCAUCAUCAUCAUCAUCAUCAUCAUCAUCAUCAUCAUCAUCAUCAUCAUCAUCAUCAUCAUCAUCAUCAUCAUCAUCAUCAUCAUCAUCAUCAUCAUCAUCAUCAUCAUCAUCAUCAUCAUCAUCAUCAUCAUCAUCAUCAUCAUCAUCAUCAUCAUCAUCAUCAUCAUCAUCAUCAUCAUCAUCAUCAUCAUCAUCAUCAUCAUCAUCAUCAUCAUCAUCAUCAUCAUCAUCAUCAUCAUCAUCAUCAUCAUCAUCAUCAUCAUCAUCAUCAUCAUCAUCAUCAUCAUCAUCAUCAUCAUCAUCAUCAUCAUCAUCAUCAUCAUCAUCAUCAUCAUCAUCAUCAUCAUCAUCAUCAUCAUCAUCAUCAUCAUCAUCAUCAUCAUCAUCAUCAUCAUCAUCAUCAUCAUCAUCAUCAUCAUCAUCCCAUUUGAUCCGAAAUAAUAUGAAUUUCUGA